AUGGAGGACAGGGUGUACAUUGUGCAUCGACAGAUAGAAAAGAUCCCUGAGAUAUCUGGGCGUGUCAAGGCUGUGGACUUGCACAGGAACAGGAUAUCUGAGAUGGUUUUGAGCAGAGUAGAGUCGAUGGAGUAUCUUGAUCUUUCUGAUAACAGGAUAGCAGAGAUAAAUGAUCUUGAGAAUGUUCCCAACCUGAAGGUUCUGGACUUGAGCUACAACCUGAUUUCGACAGUGGAGAUUCCUGUUAUGAAUCUUGAGGAGCUAUAUCUGAUUUCGAAUGAUAUACCUAUGAUACAUGGGCUAGAGCUGCCGAUGCUUCGAAAGCUUGACAUGGCAGCAAACGAGAUUUGCAGGAUUGAGAAUCUUGAGGGGUGUAGGAGCCUUGCUGAGCUUUACCUUGGCAGCAACCGGAUUAGAGAGGUGGAUGGAUUGGAUGAUCUAUGCAUGCUGAAGACUCUUGACUUGCAGAACAAUGAUAUCUUGCGUGUUGACUGCUUGAAGAUACCCAGAAGUGUGGAAGUUCUGCUUCUUGGAGAGAAUGUGAAUCUUGAACAGAUAGAUAACAUAGAAGCACUGUGCAAUUUGAGAAUUCUAGGAAUAGAAAAGACACGUGUGCUGAUGGAAGCGCACGAAGGUAAAUUUGAGGUGUGGAAGUAG